CCCUGCGGCCGUCAAGAUAAUUCCCAUCAUACUACCUACUCAGUACUCGAGGACCUUUACCGAUAACCACACCCUUCCCAACACUUCCCUCUAUCAUCAUGGAACCCUACGACAACAGCCCGUUCUGGGACAUCGGCGUAGAUGAUCUCGCAAGCUACUGGAACGGUGGCCAAGACAAGACGUACGACCACCAAGACAGCGGCAACGACAGCGACAAAGAAUUCUGGCUCAAUAUCAAGACGAUGACUCAGACGACGAGCCCGAAGGCGGCCAGUACGAGGAUAACGAGGAUGGCGACUGUCGAGGCUGCUGUGGUGACGAAGGGUGCCACUGUCACUGUUGUGAUCCGGACGACAUGGAAGGUUGCCAAUGCUGUGGGAGAAAGAGUUGUCAUUGCCAGUGUUGCGAUGGGGAUGAUGACGACGAUGACUACGAAGAUAGGUAGCUUUGGGGGUGCUGGUCGGGUAGCGGCUUCAUGCAUUAAGUAG